ACGUAAAAUCUUCCAGUCUAUGGAUACCGCCUUUCUAUUUUAGUUUGACUCCCUCAAGUCAAAAACCCUAAACCCCUGUUCGUUCGCAAAUCGAAUAUGGCCACAGUACCGGUUAACCCGAAGCCUUUCUUGAACAAUCUGACCGGAAAGCCCGUCAUUGUGAAACUUAAAUGGGGAAUGGAAUAUAAAGGUUUUCUUGUCUCUGUUGAUUCUUACAUGAACUUGCAGUUGGCAAACUCUGAAGAAUACAUUGACGGCGUGUUGUCUGGUAACCUCGGAGAGAUUUUAAUCAGAUGUAAUAACGUUCUCUAUCUACGAGGUGUACCAGAGGAUGAAGAAAUUGAGGAUGCGGACCAUGACUAGCAAGUCUAUGCUCUUGCUAUAUUAGGUCUAUCGGUGUUAUUUUCACGUCCUUUGUUUCUGUAUGGAAGUACUGAAGUACCUGUAGAUGUUAUGAUCCAAGUGACACUCAAUCUAGAAUGCUAAAGUCUUUUAUUGGCUGCAAGUUCAGUUGGGUGGAUGUCAAUUCAUUUAGACUUAUAUUUGAUCCGAGUGUAUCAGAUAAUGUUGUACUGGAGUUUUCUUUCUUUUAUGUAGCCAAAAAGUUUGAUUUGUGUUCA